AUGGCGACGUUACUGGACACGACAAUGGAAGCGUCAAAGCCUGAAGGUCACGCGACCUCCCACUUCGAUCACAAUAGCUAUCAGUACAUACAGGACACGGAGCCAGAGACUGACGCACCGGAGGACGAGGAUGACGACGACGACGCGGAUUUUCAGUUUAAUGCACCGUCUUAUUACGACCUUAAGAACCCGGCGCUUGAACAACGUUACGUGAAUAAUGCAGACGGUUAUUUCUCCUCCCCUGCACCGUCGGUUGAGGCUGAAUUUAUAGGAUUUAACGGUAAUCCGGACGGUGCUAAAACAUUGAUUAAAACGGACGCUAAUUGCCACGUUUUAGAGAUUGAAAUGGAAGAUAAGACGACAAAUAUGAUGGAUACAACAAUGACAGGCCCUGAAGAAGAAAAAGAAGAUGAAGAAAUUGAGAACGUACUGAACAGAAGCAAUUUAUUGGAAGACAGAGAAGAGAGUUUUGAAGAAGUGUUUCGACGCUACGCAUCAUCAUCUCAAUCUUCAGCCACGUCGUCCUAUUUACUACAAGAUGUAGACACAUCUAUGCAUAGCUCUACACACGGUCACUUUUCACCUUAUAGUUCACAGACAUCGUCGUCAAGUACGACGUUAAGAGGAAGGAAGGCUCUGACGGAACCGACACCAAUGAAUAAUGGAGUACAGGCUAUUAGAUCGACCAAGAACAGGCUCUCAGGAGACAGUGUCACGUCUAAAUUGAUGCAGCCGACGCAAUCGUACUUAAGACGAUUGCAGGCGGAACAGAGGAUGAGAGAGCAGAGUUACAUGGACGAGGUUCCUGCAGAAGAGAAACCACAUCGUGUAACACGACCAAGAAGUCCUAAGAUGCAUUCAAAGACACGGACUGCAAAUCCAAAUGAUCCAUCAAGGAUGAGCAGCACGAGUCGAGAGUUGCUGAAAAUUCAGGAGGAGCGACUGCUUUUACAAUUGGAAAAACUCAAGAUUCGAGAGUUCCAUGAGAAAAUUAAAGUGCAGCAACCGCCGACUAAUGUUCAUCAGCGGUCGACGAAGCAACUUACGAUCCCACAGACGCCGCACUUUGAGGUGGAUAAUCGCGCACGACGACUUCAUGGUGGAAGGGAUAGCAGCGUGGCCGGACAAGAUAAAAGGAGUCCGCCUAUUGCAGCAGAAAAGUUGUUAUCCCGUGAUUUUGCUCUUCCAUUUAGGCCACAUGUCCGAGAAAGUCGAUCAGCUUUAACGACACCACAUGCUCCGCAACUCCAUACAGCGACACGAGCCGACCAACGGUUGCCACCAGUUCCCGUGUCACAUGAGCAAAGGAAACCAGCCCAAGAUUACAGUCGCCCGAAAGUUGGUGGCCUUACUCAGCCAAUGACCCCGCAGCUGGAAACCCGUCGACGAGCAGCGACGCAUCGUCGACCGGUUGAGGUUAUCGAUGAUGACGCCGAAGAACUGGCCAAAAAGUUUCACGCUCGACCAUUGAACAAGCACAUCCUUGAGCCAAAAUCGUAUCCUCGCUACUCCCCUGCAAAACCGGACAGCAAAGCUCGAUUGACCCAUCGGAUGGCACCGAAGUUGCCGACGAGUGCAGUGACUCGCCCACAAGCCUUGCAGCGAGCUGCUUCCGUUACCGCUGAAAUGGAACGCCACCGCAAAGAGCGGGAGCGGCGUUUAAAAGCACGCCAAGCAGGCUCGACUACCCAGCCGAAGUCGUUGCCAGCACCAAUUCACCGGCCUGUGAUUCCUGAGACCCCACCGUUAAAAAGUAUCCAGCUGCAUCGAGAGUACCAGAAGAAUUUUCGUCGCAAGAUUGAAGCUGAAGAGGAAGAAAAGGAAAAGCAACGCCAAUUCAAAGCUAAUCCCAUGCGUGUGACGGCACCGCCUGCGAGGUUUGAGGGCUCGACAAAGCCUACCACCGAGGUGAAACCAUUUGAGUUGCCUGGAGAGCGUUAUCACGAAGAAGCCCGAGAGCGCUUAGAGCAAAAACGUCGGGAGGAGGAAGUGCAGUGCCUUAAGUCAUCAGGCAUUUUUCGUGCAAAACCUAUGCCAGUGUUCGAGUCCGAAACUGUCCACGUAGUGCAUAGCACUAAACCUCUCACGCAGACCGAGUCCCCUAUGCUGGCAACAAAGACUCGAGCUGCCGAGCGAGCUGCUUUCGAAGCCGCCGAAAAAGAGCGUCGCGAACGAGAACAAGCAUUUUGUGAACAGAGAGAGCAACAGGAACGUCAAUUGAAGGAAGAAGAAAUCAAGCAUUUGCGUCGAAAGGAAAUGAUUUUCCACGCGCGACCCGUUCCGGACGUCAAACCAUUCCAGCUGAAACAUGAUACGAGGCCGCUAACUGAGCCGGCAAGCCCGACGAAGCGUUCCUAG